AUGUUUAAUCCAACAGGGUUGCAAUCGCUAGGACCUAGCAGAAGCCCCGAGGCCCUCCAGCAAGAUCUCAGACGCGUUGUCAAGGACGGUCACCGGAUUCUCAAGUCACUCUGUACACAAUUGCAAAGAAUGGAGCAUCUAAACAUACUUGGAGAUGACGGACGCGGGAUUUUAGAAAAAAUAGAAAAGGCGAGGAAAUUUGAAGUGAGACCGUGCUCUAUAAUCGCCUUCAUCGGUGAGUCAGGAGUAGGGAAAUCGACUCUUCUAAGUGCCCUUGUUGACUAUGAAAACAUUGUUCCAACAUCCGGAAUCAGAGCAUGUACAUCCUGUGCAACUGAGUUCAGCAAACGAUUGCCAGGAAUGGAAGCUGUAUUCAACGCCGUUAUUGAGUACGCUACUCUUGACGAAUCUAAAGAAGAGAUGGAAAUACUAUCCGAAGAUAUUCAAGAUGAGACAGAUGUCCAGAAUAUCUACUCCGGAGACGAGAGCGAUGACGAAUUUUUCGAACCUCGACCUACCAAAAAAGUACGGCGGUCUGACGUAUCCUCAACCGAUGCGUAUAAGAUCGCUCUAUCGAAACUGGUAGCUCUCUUUCCUGAUUUUCAGGAAAGCGACAUCAAAAACGUGGUCGGGAAACUUGAGAAAUUAUACGAAGAAUCGGAUUGCUUACAAUCCGGACGGUUGACAGUAGAGCGUGAUGAACAAGAGCGUUUUGUCACGGAGAUGCACCGGCUGAUUUCGGGUCGUGGAAGUAACAACGACGAAGCACAGCUAUGGCCGCUCGUCAAGACGGUCAAAAUUUAUCUAGAUUCCCCGGUUCUAGAGACAGGCGCCGUUCUAGUUGACCUCCCAGGCCUUCAAGAUAACAACCCCGCGCGUACAUCCGUUGCACAAAAGUAUCUUCAAAAGGCGGAUAAGAUUAUCGUCGUGUCACGACUAAGUCGAAUCCUAACAAACGAUACCGCGACGGCCCUUGCCCAAAUGGGAUAUGCAAAACAGCUCAAACUUGAUGGAAGAAAAAGUAUUACAAUGGUUGCGACCUGCUGUGAUCAAUUUGACCCAAAUGAUGCCAAAAAUGAAUUUGGUAUGGUGGAUGGGUUCUCCAAGACCUACAAUGAACUAGAUAAGAAGGCUAGGAAGCCUUCUAGGCAGGAGCUACAAGGACUCAAUCCUGAUGAGCGGAAAAGUCGUAUUGAAGCUGCUGAGGUUGCAAAAAAUCAGCUGAAGGAGUUUUGUGACUCCUUUCGGGACCAAUACGUCCCAACUCGUAUUGCUGAGGAGUAUAGCAAGUUCCUUGGCGAAGGCACUGAAAUAAAAUGCUUUUUAGUGGCUUCCAAGCAGUAUCAAGAUCUUGACCCGGAUUCCGAAGACGCCGCUGUCCAGAAAACGCAAAUUCCCCAAUUACGGGACUACUGCAGGAGAGUUUCGAUGAACCAAAGCGCUCAGCUAGUGAAGAAUUUCAUUCAUUUUGACGUUCUGAGGAGUGUUAGCGACGUGAGGGUCCUCGUCGAAGACCUUGGCAGUUUAAGGGAGCAGAUAAGAAAAUGUAUCUGUGCCGACCUAGAGACGGCAGCAUUCAAUAUGAAAGAGGCUCUUGACAAGUUGGAAGUUGCGUGCGACAAACGUAUCUCUAAAUGCAGAGAUGAUAUCAUGAAGGAAAUAGAGGCUCUCGCAGAGAGAGGCAUUCCUCAUUGCCAGAACGUUUUGCAGGCUUUUUAUAAGUUGUAUCAAUCCAAUACAUUUCGUGCAGUUUGCAGGCGGGGAGGAGUUUGCAACAAUCCCAAACAACCUAAAAGGGAUCUCAACCGACGUUUUUUGGAUUCCAUGGAACAUGGUAUCCUAGAACUACAAAAAUAUUGCUGGGUCGACAUCGAAGAGUCCUUAUCGAUUUUUACAGCAAGUGUUGUAAUGCUCCUAGGUGGUUUCAAGGGUGACUGGGCUAAAAUCAUUGACCGGGAGUGUCCCAAUCCGACUGCUGAGAUCACGGAGAGUCGAAAUGCUUUUCUAAGCUCCUUAGACGCGAUGUCAUUUGAAACCUCCAAGUUACUAAUGGAGCAAACAAGAAGAGUGAAAUAUAUACAACAGGAGAUUACAUCGAGUGCCCUGUCGAUAGCGAGGGUGAAGUCUGCUAUGAAAUCAUCUUAUGAAACGGCUGCGAGAGCAAGCGGCAAAGGAGCAUACGGGAAGAUGCUAGAGGCGGUAGGGAAGGGAAUCAAGCAAUCGAAUAUUUUUGUCGAUAUCAAAGCUUCGAUAGCCCAGAUCUUGUGGAACCUAGCCUUUGUUCUGAACGUCGAAAACGUUACGUGGUGCUUCGAUUUCCAAAAGGUCCUCAAAAAAAGCAUAAAGCAAUGGACUGCAGUUUCUCAGAUGGUCGGUCAGGUUGAAGGGAAGGAAAAGGAUAAGCUCAGAUUCAUUGUUGCCGAUAUUGAGAAGAGAAGAGCGCAGCUAGUUUUGGACGUCGAAAAAUUUGAAAAGGAAACGGAUAUCUAA